AUGGCUAACAGGAGGAGGAGGAACACCGCUGGAGCUGAUGACAUAGCUCAAGCGAUCCAUUGUAUGGUGGACGCGAUGCAGCCCAUAGCGGCGCCACCCAGAGCUGUAGUGGCACCUACCCGGCCAGUAUCUAUGGAGGAUUUCAUGAAACAUCGGCCGACCAAGUUCUCGGGCAAGGCCACUCCUGAUGAGGCAGAUGCCUGGAUGCGAGAAUGUGAGAAGAUCUGUAGGGUGUUGGGGUGCACGGAUGAGCAGAGGCUGUUGUUUGUCACAUUUCUCCUGGUGGCAGACGCAGAGUACUGGUGGCUGGGGAUGCAGCAGUUGAUGCAGACCCUUGAGGAGCAGGUGACAUGGACUGUCUUCAGGACGAGGUUCCUAGAGAAGUACUUUCCCGACAGUGAGAGGCACGAGCGAGAGGCAGAAUUCCUUACUCUUCAACAAGGGUCCAUGACUGUGGCGGCAUACAUUGAGAGGUUCGAAUAUCUGGCGCGUUUCUACACUCCAGCCAAGACUGUGGAGCAGUUGGAGACUGGGUCGAGUAUGGGAGGGAAACAACAGAGAACUACCCCAGAUGUCAGAUCACAGAAGAAACCUUACAACAGACCGCCGACUACCUGGGGGAGGCUACAUUGCUAUAACUGUGGCGGGGAGCACUUGAGGAGGGAUUGUACUAGACCUGCCAGCAGUACAGGUGGAGGCAAUGGCACUGGUAAGUUCUACGUAAGUCAGCAGACAGGGCACUUUGCACGUCAGUGUCCUAACAGGAGACCAGCUGGUGGUGCGCCAGCUAAGAGGCCAGUAGGAGAUCGACCCAGAGCACCGGGGCGUGUGUUCGCCUUGACGACCACGGAGGCGAAACAGUUAGGUAACCUUUUACAGUUUCUAUGUCUAUUGUGUGACCACGAGGUGGUGGUGGUGUUCGACUCGGGAGCCACUCAUUCGUUUGUGUCUAAUGAAUGUGUGAGGAGGCUCGGGCUCAUGAUGCGAGAGCUGGGAUGCGAGCUUUUAGUAGCGACUGGUAGCAUCUGCUGGUGA